AUGAAUCAAGGCCGGGAUCGACAAACCGCGACAAAGGUCGAACGACCACGGGUCCGGGAUUUGGGCUACAGCCCUGGUAAAUUUUCCCCAGGCUCGAAAAAUUCAAUACUUGACGUCGAAGGACUCCGAGUUGGGCAGGCCACCAUCCAUCGAGAUCCGGACAUCCACACUGGGCUGACCAUCAUCUUUCCACGUGACCCUGUGGAUACUUAUUCCAGGCCUUGUUAUGGAGCUACACAUAAUCUCAACGGUGUCGGAGAGCUAACAGGAUGCCAUGCUUUGAAAGAAUGGGGGUUUUUGCGCAGUCCCAUUGCGAUCACAAACACCGUCAGCGUUGGGAAAGUUUAUGACGCCCUAUUUCUUUGGGGCAUCGAGCAAGCACGAUUGAGAGGCGAAUCCGAUCUUGAGACUCUGCGACGUUUCACCAUCCCUAUCGUUGGAGAGACCUACGACGGCCUAUUGAAUGACAUUUCGGCAUCAAUCAUUGACCGGGAUGUGGUAAAUGAGGCGAUAGCAGCAGCAUCAACUCAGAGAGAGGUGCAGGAGGGUAACUAUGGAGGGGGCACGGCAAUGAUAUGUCAUGGUCACAAGGGCGGCACAGGGACCAGCUCUCGUAUCGUGCCUGGUGACGGUCGUGAUUAUACCCUUGGUGUCCUCGUACAGGCGAAUUACGGCAAGAAGGAAGAUCUCCGAAUCGGCAAUGUCCCCAUUGGUGCACUCCUCUUAGAGAACAAGACGAGCAGUCCCUUGCUUAAGCAGAGUCUGCCCGCUGGUGGAAAGGCGGUUGAGGGUAGUAAGUGCUUGCAGACGGACGCUCCCUUGCUACCUCAUCAAUUACGACGCAUCGCACAGCAUGCUGGGAUGGGCGUUACGCAGGUAAUAUUUCACGCCCAUCCAAUCUAUCUUUCAGGUUCAGCGUUAACUUCAAAACAGGUCGGGGGCCAUGCAGCUGGGCGAAAUUUCUCUGGAGAGAUCUUCCUAGCGUUCUCGACAGGCACUUCACCAGAUCAAUUGGCAGAGGCAUCGAAUGGAUUCGCGUAUCUGCCAAAGCUAGAGACGCAACCAGUGGAAACGCUCAAGAACGAGACGAUUGAUUCGCUAUUCUACGCUGUAUCGGAGGCUACCGAGGAGGCCAUCCUAAACGCCAUGUGCAAAGCAGAAAGCUUAACCGGAUUUAAUGGUGCGCAUGUAGAUGCUUUGCCAGUUGACAAGGUCAAGUCCUUGCUAGAUAGAUAUUUAAUACUACCACCUCCGCGAGUAGGGUAA